AUGCAAGAAUUUUAUUCUUUUUCACCAAUAGAUGAAAACGGAAAUCCAUUCCCCUUCAACUCCCUGCGUAACAAAGUGGUUUUGAUAGUCAAUGUAGCAUCUCAUUGUGCGUUCACACCUCAAUACAAGGAAUUAGAGUACUUGUACGAAAAAUACAAAUCACAUGGUCUAGUGAUUGUGGCCUUUCCCUGUGGUCAAUUCGGAAAUCAAGAGUUCGAGAAGGAUAAAGAGAUUAAUAAGUUCUGUCAAGAUAAAUAUGGUGUAACCUUCCCUAUUCUACAUAAGAUCCGUUGCAACGGGCAAAAGCAAGAUCCCGUCUACAAGUUCUUAAAGAAUUCAGUAAGCGGGAAGUCUGGAAUAAAAAUGAUAAAAUGGAAUUUUGAAAAGUUUGUGGUAGACCGAAAUGGGAAGGUGGUUAAAAGGUUUUCAUGCAUGACUAGGCCACUAGAGCUUUGUCCAAUAAUCGAAGAAUUACUGAAUCAACCACCAGAAGAACAGAUUUAA